CAUCUCCUUAAAGCCUAGCCCCUCACUCCCCUCAGUUCCCACUCAUCUCUCAGAAGUCAGAUCUACCUCUCUGCUACAAUGGCGCAGAACCCAUUUCGCUUCUUCGUCUUAACCUUCUCAGCUCUCAUCUUCACUACCCUUUUUCCUCCCACACUCUCCCGCACCGUAGUAUCAGACACCACUGUUCUCGACGUCGCCGGUUCUCUCAGCCAGGCCCAUGACGUCAUCUCCUUCGACCCACAAACCCUCAAGCCUUUGGACCACCAAGAAGCAGCUGAGCUACAACCACAAGCCCAAGCCCAGCUCAACUCCUCCUCGGUCUCGUCGCUCACUCUCCAGCUCCACCCCCGUGAGUCUCUCUACACCUCCCAGCACAAGGACUACAGGUCGUUGGUCCGCACCCGCCUCGCCCGCGACUCGGCCCGAGUCGACUCGCUCAACACCAAGCUCCGGUUUGCGCUGCAGGGGGUGAACCGGGCGGAUCUGGAGCCCAUGCAGACGGGGAUCCGACCCGAGGACCUGUCCACUCCGGUUACUUCCGGGACCAGCUUGGGAAGCGGCGAGUACUUCACACGCGUCGGCGUCGGCAACCCGGCGAAGCAGUUUUACAUGGUGUUGGAUACCGGCAGUGACGUCAAUUGGCUCCAAUGCCAGCCUUGCUCCGACUGUUACCAGCAAGCCGACCCGGUUUUCAACCCCACCGGAUCCUCCACCUUCCGCCAGCUCUCCUGCGAUGCGCCGCAAUGCUCGGCUCUCCAGGUCUCCGCCUGCCGCAACGGCAAGUGCCUCUACCAGGUCUCCUACGGCGACGGCUCGUACACCGUCGGCGACUACGUGACCGAAACGGUGUCGUUCGGGAACUCCGGCGCGAUCAACACCAUCGCGUUGGGAUGCGGCCACGACAACGAGGGUUUGUUCGUCGCUGCCGCCGGACUGCUCGGACUCGGCGGCGGUUCUCUCUCACUUCCUUCGCAAGUUAAAGCUUCGUCGCUGUCGUACUGCCUCGUCAACCGCGACUCCAGCGCGUCGUCCACACUCGAGUUCAACUCUGCCGCGCCCCGCGACUCCGUCAUCGCGCCGCUGCUCAAGAACCGCAAACUCGGAACCUUCUACUAUGUCGGACUCACCGGGUUCAGCGUCGGCGGCCGUCCGGUGUCGAUUCCUCCAUCGCUUUUUCAGAUGGACGAUGCCGGCAACGGCGGGAUCAUCGUCGACUCGGGAACCGCCAUCACUCGGCUGCAGACGGCGGCCUACAACGCGCUCCGCGACGCGUUCAAGCGACUCGCGCCUGACCUUACUCCCGCGGGCACCUUCGCGCUGUUCGACACGUGUUAUGAUCUCUCGGGAAAAACUAGCGUGCGGGUCCCAACGGUGUCGUUUCUAUUUUCGGGUGGGAAAAGCUUUCCUCUCCCCGCCAAGAACUACUUGAUUCCGGUGGACAACUCGGGCACUUUCUGCUUCGCCUUCGCUCCGACGUCGUCGGCUCUGUCCAUCAUAGGAAACGUCCAGCAGCAAGGGACACGUGUCAGUUACGACUUGGCGAACAAUCGCGUCGGAUUCUCUCCAAACAAGUGUUAAAUGACCUCUGUAGUUAAAGUAAAAAAACAUAAAUGAAAGUGGUAGGAUUGGAGUUUGGUUUAGGUCAAAUCUGAAUAGGGUUUGGAAGUUUGGUUCGAAAUAUGUGUACUGUACCUAUUCAUUCCUCAUAAAUCUAAAUGAAGAAGGUGCAUUCUAAGGUUUCAAUUUUUUUAAA